CCUCCUGAGACCCCGCAUCCUCAUAUGAGGACAUUACAUUUUUGCUGUUCUGCCCCAUGAUACUUAAUUUGUAAGAAUUUUGACCAAUUGUCCUCAUCUGGGGGCCCUGCCUGCACCACCUAGUGGUCUCAUAAUGAAAUUACACUCAUUUGAAAAAAACCAGCAUGGCAGGAAUGACAGCGAAAGUCUUCUACGGCAGCUCCCGACAGAAACAUGGACAAGGGAGAAUGUCCUUUUCGAGAACUGAACGAUUGCUAAAAGCAAUCGAAAAUGACUCUGAGAUUGAAGAUUUGUCAGGUGGUGAAGAGGAUGAAAUCGCUCCAUGUGAAGCAACUCUGGAGCAACCUGAUAAUUCUGAUUCUGAUUAUCAACCUGAUUCUGCUGACAUAAGUGAAGAUACUGACAGCGAUGCGAGUGAGCCACAACAUAAACAGCAUCUUGAGAAUGAUGAACCUGACCAGGAUGUGCAAGGUAGCAGGCCAGGACCAAGAAAUGGAAAUAGAGAGUACUGGAAGUCUGCUCCAUUCAACCCUGUCUUAGUCCCAUUUCAAGGAUCUGAUGAACAACAAGACGAGAGAGCAGACAUGUCGCCGGUGCAGUACAUGGAACAGUACGUUGACAUAGAACUGAUGAAAGUCCUUGCCGACUGUACAAAUUCUAUGUCAUUAGCUAAAAGUGGGAGAUCUCUCAACACAUCGGUUGAAGAGAUGUACCACUUUUUUGGAGCAUCCAUCUUGAUGUCCUGCAUCCCUUACCCACAAAUCCGCAUGUUCUGGUCCACUAACCUGAAAAUCCCUGCCAUUAGUGACACAAUGAGACGCGACCGAUUCUUCAAGCUGAGGAGCCAUCUGAAGGUGGUAAUUGAUGACGACAUUCCUGAUGACAGGAAAAAAGACAAAUUCUGGAAGGUGAGGCCUUUCAUGAAUCGCAUACUCAAAGGCUGCCAUGUUCAGGCCCGACCAGAAUCCGUCUCAAUAGAUGAACAGAUGAUACCAUUCACUGGAGCCUGUCCGUUCCGCCAGUAUGUGCCGCUAAAGCCAAAUCCAGUUGGCAUGAAGAAUUUUGUCCUGGCAACAGCAGAUGGCGUCGUUCUCGACUUUGAAGUUUACCAAGGUUCAAAGGCACUGGCUGCACAGGUGCUGGAUGGAGAAGGAUUGGGUUUGGGAGCCCUGGUCCUCAAACGCCUGACAAAAACAGUACAUCCUGGUACAAAGGUGUACUGCGAUAGGUUCUUCACCACCACAUCAGCUGCGGAAUCCAUGCUGGAGAAGCAGGUGUACCUAACUGGUACAGUCAUGAAGAACAGGAUCCCAAAAGCAAUGCAGAAGCUUCCAAGUGACAAGAUCAUGAAGCAGCAAGGCAGAGGUACCUCCGCAUCAGUUGUCAGGGGAGAUGGGAAACUGAAUGUUGUGAAAUGGUUUGACAACAAGCCGGUCCUGAUGCUCUCUGCUGUCCACGCUAAGGAGCCAGAGGAUACCUGCCAGCGGUGGUCCAAGAAGGACAAAUGCUACUUAACCAUCAGACGACCAAAUAUUGUACAGGAGUACAAUGCAAAGAUGGGUGGGGUCGACUUAUCAGACAGAAUGAUGAGCUACUACAGGAUGAGCGUGCGAACUAAGAAGUGGACAAUUCGCAUGCUUAUGCACUUUAUGGAUCUUGCUCUGGCCAACAGCUGGCUGCUGUAUCGCAGAGAUCAUCAAGAACAGGGUACCCCAAGAAAGGCUAUCUUGACGUUCCUCGCGUUCCGCAUGGACGUGGCUCAGGUAUUCCUCAACAAGUGUGAUGUCACACAUGCAGAGGAAGAGAGUGCAUGCUGUCCACAACCUGGCCAACGAGCCCUGGUCACGCCAAUCCCCCACAUCUCAGUGCGCACAACUUCUGCUGCUCAUCUGCCGGAAGUUGCUGAUCUCAAGAACCCAAUGCGUUGCAGACAACAAGGCUGCGCUGGGAAAUCCCGUGUACGCUGUCUGACAUGCAAUGUGUUCCUUUGCCUGCAAAGUCGGCGCAACUGCUAUGAAGCCUUUCACGGAGGCCAGUAGGACUACUUGAAUACUUGAAUGUUUGUUUGUUUGCGUUUACUAUGACACGUUCAUAAUGAUGUUCAUAAACGUUGCACUUUUCCAUGCAAAGCCUUUCACAGAGGCAAGCAGAAAUACUUGAAUGUUUGAGUUUACUAUGACAUGUUCAUAAUGAAGUUCAUAAACUUUGCACUUUUCCAUGCAAAAGCUGCACUUUUAUUUGCACUUUUGUGUUUGUUGGCAAUAUAAAAUAAACUUUUGUACUUUAUUAA